UCGAGUCGUCGUCUUAAAGACAUGCUUGUCGAGUUCCAACCGCAAGGAAAAUUUUUCAGCUAUCUUGAUCUUGAUGAGCAGGGUCAUCAAACGAUUAAUAUGGAAGGUUUCAAAAAAUUUCUUUCCGAGUACUUUGAAGCAGAUUUACCUCCAGAGCUACUUCAACAAUUAUCGUUGUCGUUUUCAAAAGCACCGAGAACUGGUUGGUUGCCGUAUUUAACACAUACAAUUACUAUUAUUGGGCAUUUACUCAUACACAAGGAUAAACUAUCUUAA